AGGCUUACGCUCAACUACAAAGAACUCACCUACGGAACAAAAUGGGUCGAAACGACUGACAUCGAAUCCGUUUGCAAAUCACUCGGAAUACCACCUACAAGCAUGCUCCCAGACGGGACACCAAAAUACACACUCCCAGCAUUAAUUGAUAACACCUUCACCCCUCCUGCUGUGCUCUCAGACUCGAAUCCUAUAAUCGAGUACCUCGAGCGCACAUAUACAGACCCAGAUUCUUCUCGUGCAGUCUGUCCUCCUGCAAUCCGCUCUCUCCAUGCCAUCUUCGAGUAUCACGUUGCUCAGUCCAUUACAGCACAGUUGCUACCUGUUGGCAUGGUGGACGGUCAUGCACAUGUACGACAAGAAGACCCCACGGGAUCGCAUCCACUUCCGUCAGCGUACCGAAGCGACAUUUGGGGAAAAACUGGAAGAUAUCGAGCUCAAGGGCAAAGAUCGCGAGGAACACUGGAAUAA